AUGAGUCGACUUCCUACUGCCGCUGACUUUCCGCCGAAGCUCAAGCUGAGCAUCGUACCGCCACCGAACAAUGAUCCACCAACCAACAUCCUCGUCCUGCUCCACGGCUUGGGCGACACCCACGCCUCUUUCGCGAACCUGGGCAAACAGAUGAACCUUCCCGAAACGGCGUGCAUCUCCCUCCAAGGCCCUCAACCCCUCCUCGACCUAGGCGGAUUCCACUAUGGCGAUGACAUAAUCUUCGACUCAACUUCAGGCGGCAUAGACGCCGACGGGGGCUUCAAGGGCACGACUACAAUUCUUCAAGGGCUCAUCGACGACGUCCUGCUUGAGAAAUGUGGCUAUCAACGAAGGGAGAUCAUCUUCUUUGGGUUUGGCCAAGGUGGAAUGGCAGCUCUGAAUUUAGCAGUGAAAGAUCCAACUCUGAUCGAACUAGGUGGAGUUAUCAGUAUUGGAGCCGGACUCCCAUCUUCAGCUCCAGCUUCCUUGGAACCAAAAUGCAGAACACCAGUCUUGGUCUGUGCUGGCUCCGACAAUUCUUCCGUCACAGACUCUUCGGAAGAAAAGUUGAGGAAGGUGUUUCAGAAUGUUGAGAUCAAGCGAUACCGGAAAGCAGGGGAUAGCAUGCCGAGUAACAAGGACGAAAUGAUGCCAAUCAUGCAAUUUUUCUCGCGCAGAUUGAAGAGUGUGAAAGGUGUGCCGGAGGGAGCAGUCGAGGUUUCGUGA